AUGAGUUCAGCUACUACUCAGACCACAGUAGCACACCCUGCACCUUAUUAUGUACAGGCCCCAGCACCACCAGCUGGGUAUCCCACAAGAAAUGACCAAAAUCUUCCUCCAGCUGCUCAUGGACCUAAAUAUUAUUCAAAGAUGAGUUCAUCAACUAACUCUGGAGCAGCAUACCCUCCCCCACCUUGUUCUACAACGCCGGGUCAGGCUCCACCACCUGCUGGUUAUCCAACAAGAGAUGCCCCAAAUCCCCAUGGACAUGGAGCUGUAGAAACUAAGUCAAAAGGUGAUGGCUUCUGGAAGGGAUGCUGUGCGGCCUUGUGCUGCUGUUGCGCUUUGGAUGCAUGUUUUUGAACAUCAUCCAGGAGAUUCUUGAAUUGAGAGCCCAAUAAUCCACAUAUAUCUUUCGUUUGUGAAUUUUAUUUUAGACACAUUUAUUUCAGUUUUUCCGUUGUUAUACUUCUAUGAGGAAGGGACCAUGUCGAUUUCCUAUUUAGCGAUCCUACGUACCGGUUGUCCAAUUCUUUUUAUUGUAUAAUGAUUUUUAUAAUAAAAUUUCUUCAUUUGCAGCUAAUAUAAGGAAAUCAUCCAUGAAUU